AUGGCUUCAGUCAACGACGAGAUGACGUACGGUCUACCCAGUCUGUUGCAGUUGGCCUACCACGCGUGUAACCCUGACCAGCGGAAACGGUACGAUGAGCUCCCCGUCGCGCCCGUCGACUUACAGGUGUGUUGCGAGUCGAUAUUGAAUAUAAUAAAGCUUAAUUCGCACGCCAAUUGUUUUCAACCGAGUGGGCACCGGCGGUUCAUAUUCGGAAAAGUGUACCCCAACCACCGUCCGAUCAAAAACAUAUGCGAGAUGGCUGCCUUCUAUGGACACAUCAACUGCAUGAAGUUUGCCCGCGCCAUCGGCGUUCCAUGGCACGCGCCGGACAUUUGGCAAAAAUCGGCUUGCGACGAGGCCGCGGACGCGGGCAACAUGGAAUGCCUGGUUUACGCGCAUGCCAACGGCAGUCCAUUGAACUCGUGGACGUGUAACUUCGCCGCCGGCAGCGGUCACUUGGAUUGUCUCAAGUACUGCCGGGAAAACGGCUGUCCGUGGACCGCGCAAACGUGCAACAUUGCCGCAGUGCGCGGACAAUUGGAGUGCCUGAAAUACUGCCGGGAAAACGGCUGCCCGUGGAGCAGGUGGACGUGCAACAUAGCCGCGGGCAGCGGAAAUCUGGAAAUUCUCAAGUACUGCCACGAAAACGGCUGUCCUUGGGACCAUUUCACUUGUACCAACGCCGCGCAAAACGGCCGCAUUGAGUGUCUGGUGUACGCUCGGCAAAAUGGCUGUCCAUGGGUCACGGACACGUGCAAGGUGGCCGCGAUGAACGGACAUUUGGAUUGCCUAAAGUACUGCCGGGAAAACGGCUGCCCGUGGGACUCAUUUACGUGUGAAAUGGCCGCGUCCAUGGGGCAACUGGAGUGCCUGCGAUACGCGAUUGAGAAUGGCUGCGAAUGGGACAUAGACGGAUAUUUGGCUGCUUCCGACGACGUAAAACAUCCGUCUUGCGUCAGAUACGCGCUCGAAUUAAAGUACGGACCAGCGAAGACGAACGCAACUACUAGCUCGCCUGAUGAUGAAAUCCCGUCGAAUUAG